AUGUCAACGACGGCUCUUCUCACCCGCUCUAACUCGCGGGGCUCCAACUUCGAGCUCGCCUACGCUUCUCCUAUUGUUUCUCGGACUGUUCUCAACGAAAUGGGAGCAGACAUGGUCAGUUUGCAGCGCCACAAUAGCAAGAAGAACCUUCCCAGAGCCUUGAACGACGAGGCGGGAAAGCCUGGCACCGACGGCCGAAAGCGACGAUCACUCGGAAGCAGUGACGACGAGGGGAAAAUUGCAGAAGAUGGGUUUUCGAAUGAAGAUCUUCGAACAAAUCCACUUCAUGCGUUGCUGGAGCAUAAAGUCUCCGGAGAACAGACGAUCUACGAUCGUGUCUACAAGAUACUCCGCAACAGAAACAUCAGUCUUAUCGAAGCUGGGCCCUGGGAUCACCCAGUCACACUUUCUUUACGGCAGUCGAGAUUCAACCCAGAGCCCGAGCCUGUCCCGACUAUCGUAGUCCUAGCCACGCGUCACGUCGUGGAUGACCUCUGGCUCCAGACUGCUCGCCAAAUUUACUUUUUACUGCGGUAUGAGAAUUUCGCGCAAGUCUCCGUGGAGAUCGUCGACCCCCAGGCCCUCAAUCCACCGAAAACACUCCCAGUCCUGAAGUCAGACCCCAUGUUCAAUAAGUGGGAUUCUGUACUUGAUCGCAUCCUGAGAGAUGUCGACCUGACCGACAUGAAACUUAUCGGGUGUUACAGACGCGGUAGAAAUUCUGGCAACGAAAACCCUGUCACAGUUCUAGUCAUCGCAGACAUCAACAGCAAGAAAGAUUGGCGAAGAACAAGGGAUAGAAUUGCGGGUAUUUUAAAGCGCUCAAACCUACCUAUGGUCGCGGUUGAGAUUGUCAAAGACAGAACCUUGCCUCUUGCGGAUUUCCGCAAAGGAAGUGGGUUCCAAGAGGAGCUCUUAAAAAGUAAAGCGAUGGCUGGAGGGCCUAUCGCUCACAGCAGCAACGAUGCGGGAUCUGGAACACUUGGUGGGUUCAUCGAGCUUCAGCACCCAGCAACACUGAAGUGGCACUGCUUCGCCUUGACAUGUUUUCAUGUUAUCAAUCCAUGCGAUAAGGAUCUCACAGGCCAGGAGCGUGCAGCUGUCCUGAAUUGGCGAAGUCGUGGUCUCUCCAUGUCCAAUAGAGAUUCAAGCAUGUCACAGCAGUAUCUCAAAAUAAGCCAUCCAAGUCGGCACGCCAAACAAGAGCAGAUCAAGAAGCAUCAAGAAUUUAUCGAUUACCAGAAGCUCAAUCCGCUCUACCAACACGGGCUGGUCUUGAAAAAUAAUGAUCUGUUCGACACCGAGCUGACGGAGCCCAAGAAAAUGGCUUGGCAGAAACUUCACUCCGCUGUCAUGAACCAUGAGAAGAAAAUCAAUGACAUCCAGGGAUUCUUUCAGAAUUCUGGCAAUAGCCUUGGAUGUGUCAGGCUUGCGUCAGGGUUCAGAUCAAAGAAGCUCCAUACGCUCGAUGACAAAAGUCAUCCGACUAAUCUUGAUUGGGCGCUUAUCAUGGUGGACGUUAAGAAACGAAGCCCCUCUAAUGAGCUCGAGGGCGAUCUAGCUCUUAAGGAAAUCGCUUCGUCAGAAGUACUCUCUCGCCUUAGUGAUGAGGAAUUAUCCACUUGGCUCGAAUUCCAAGGGUAUCGGUCUGGGCGCAAUACGGUCAUGUAUAAUGGGCUUAAAAUAGCCAAAAUUGACAAUGGACAGCACACUCUGAAAUACAGCAUCACUCAGGCUACCGGAGGUCAUGCGGCGAUGGCCGGUGAUUCAGGAAGCCUGCUGUGUACACCUAAUGGCGAGGUGGUCGGUAUGAUUAUCGCUGGGCUCGACCACAAUCUCAUCGCCUGGUUCACCCGAAUCGAUGAUCUCAUCAAAGAUAUCAAGAAAAAGAGUGGUGCAAAAGAUAUCCGUAUGUGGGGUACCUAA